AUGGUGCUGAAGAAAUUGUUGUCACAGUGCUUAACAAAAUACUAUCACUUUGCGGGCAGAUUACCCACGCACACGACACCUUACAUCGAUUGUAACGACGAGGGAGUGGUGUUUUUUGAAGCUCGAAAUAAUAGCAAACUUGAUGAGUUCCAGCUUAGUAGCGUACUAGAUGGAAAUCUCGACAAUCUAUUUCCGGGUGAUAUGGUGUGCUACAACUCCCCUCGUAAUACGAAUCUUGUUGGGGUUCAACUCAAUCACUUCGCAUGUGGUGGAAGCGGGCUUGCAAUAUCUAUGUCUCACCUCGUUGGUGACGGUUGCACUCUCACGUCAUUUAUGAAUUAUUGGGCUUCCGUAGCACGCUACGGAUCACCCGACCACGAAGAAGUACUGCCACUGAACCCACAUUUCAUUCAUUUCCCAAGGACCAGCUCUCCUCUUGCGGAAGCUCCGGAUAUGAGCCAACAGCAUGCGGUACUCAGUACUCAUGUAAUGAGAAAAUUCGUGUUUCCCAACUCAAAGUUAAGUUAUCUUAAGAAGGCUGUCGUGUCCAUUACAAACGAUAUCCCUACUCGGGUUGAAGUAUUAACCUCUCUACUUUACAAAGCCGCGGUGGCAGUUGCUACCACAAAUGCUGGUUGCUUUAAGCCAUCGUAUUUGUUUAUUAUGGCUGAUACACGUACGUAA